AUGGACGCCGACACGCUUGUCAAAGUACUCCGGAAAUAUAAUGUGUCGUUCGACGCAGCAGUGGUGAAAGCCGCCUUGUCGGACCCCAACUCACUCGAGGCCAGUGAGCUGGCACAUUGGGCUGCCAUCCAUCUCUCGCCGGACACAUUGCUCACGCCGGAUGAGCUUAACCAAUAUGCUGCCCUCGAAGAGUCUGGGCUUGCUGAGAAGCUUGCCCAGGCACCGGGUUUGGCGGAAACCCGUGUUUUGAGUGAACAAGAGAUCAAAGACGCUAUCGCGGCGCUUAAUCGAUCCACUGAGUCCAUUACUCGUUACAAUGAUAUCCUAAAGCAACAGCGUGCUGCCCUUGACCGUAUUGUCAGUGCUGCAAAGGAGGGUGUGGAUGCGCAGGCCACAUUGGCCAAGGACCAGACCGAGAAGUGGAAGUCUCAACGUCAGGAGCUAAUUUUAGAAAUUCAGCAAUUAUCACAGUCUCUAAGCACCCGCAUUGGGGAACUUGACCAGCAAGCCAGCGAGGCUGGGACUCAUAUUCAGGAGCUUGUGGACACUCAAUUCCAAGCAGACGACAAACUCCUUGCCAGUUUACAGAAGCUAGGACUGGAGCUUGAAAUCCCCGAUACCAAAGAGCAUGGGGAUGUUGUCGCGUUGCGUGAGACAUGCGCGAGACUGAUUAAGUUCACGGUGGAGACGGUUAAGACAAAGUUGGACCGUAUUUAUCUCGAGACCCUUGAGGAAUUGGAAGCAAAUAAUACGCCUAUCACCACUCAGGUCACAAAGAAUGAGGUUAAUUCGUUACAAGGGGAACUUGAGUCUCUUUAUUCGGAGAUCCUCCCCGUGGCCCAGAUGUCUGUCGAGCAGCAAUUCUUGGAGCCAGCGCUGAAGGACUUGGCUGCUAGGAACCGCCAAAGUCUCGCCAAUGCUUCUCAGGCAACAGAUUAUCGACGCCCAAGUCAAGUCGCGCAACUCAACAAAGCGGCAGCCCUUCUUCCUCAAGAGGGAGACGCGCUCGAUGAAAAGACGGGGAUCAAUGAACUUGCUUCGAUAUUGGCCAACCGUCGGCAAAAGGCAGAGGAUGUGGCUCAGAAUGUCCAGGAGACGUUUGAGGACGCUGCGAUGAGACACCUUGCCGAUGGAAAGCUUGCCAUUCAGCUCGUCCGUGAUUCUGUCCUCGCCGAGAGUCCAUAUGGGGAGGUGCAACUGGUCGACCCCGAGAUCGAGGGAUCUAUUGGUGUUCUCACUCAAGCAUUGGCAGCAGUCGAGAAGAGGCUCAAGACUGUCAAUGCUGCCUUGCCGACUUUGCGGGGCAAGAAUGCUAAACGGGAGGAACUGGUUCCGGCCACAAAAUUUCACAAGGCGACUGAAAUGGAGAACGUCAAAGACACACUCAAAAAGGGGUUGGAGAAGGUAACCAAGCAGGACAAAGAGCCGCUCCAAGAGUCGGGUAAGGACGAACUGCAAACAAUGUGGCCGACCCGGGAGCACCAUCCCGACCUGACCGGCGGCGUUGACACCCACAUGGGCAAGGCAGCCCAUUCAGGGGACGUAGCUGGCACGCCUGGAAAGGAAUGGAUGCGACAGCCAACGAAUAAACCGACAAUGGGGCAGCCGCGUACCUAG